AUGGAUAUAAUCUCACAGUUGCAAGAACAAGUGAAUUCCAUAGCUGCAAUCACUUUUAAUGCUUUUGGUACACUCCAAAGAGAUGCACCUCCGGUUCAGCUUUCUCCUAAUUACCCUGAACCACCAUCCGCUGCCGCUGCUGCUGCUGCUGCUACAACUACGGCGGCUACUGAUGCUGAUCCUACCACCGCUUUUCCUGAGCAACCUAAGCAGCUCAGUGCUGAUUUAGUCAAGGCUGCUAAACAGUUUGAUGCUUUGGUUGCGGCACUUCCUUUAUCAGAAGGAGGUGAAGAAGCUCAGCUCAAAAGAAUCGCUGAACUCCAGGUAGAAAAUGAUGUUAUUGGCCAAGAACUCCAAAAGCAAUUAGAGGCUGCAGAGAAGGAAUUGAAGCAAGUUCAAGAGCUAUUUGGACAAGCAGCAGACAAUUGCCUGAACAUGAAAAAACCCGAGUGA